UAACACACGUAACCUUCGUCCGAACAGAAUCAGGGAGUUUUCUUUCUUUCUCCCGCAUCUGAGAUCUACCAGGAAUUGCACAUUACAUUACAUUACAGUGCCUACUUUCACAGAUUCAGUCCCUCUCAUUUUCCCCCAAAAUUUUAAAAAAAAUAUUAAAAAAAAAACAACAAUUGCAUCUGUAUAUAUUCAUUCCUUCGCUGCUAUUUUCGGGGGAUUCGAAUCAUGUGGGGCACCAUUGCCAAUUUGAAGGAGAACCUCAACAAGAUCGCCCUCGAUGUUCAUGAUGACGACCACGACGAAAUUCUCCGCGCCUACGCUGCCGGAAGCCCUACCGACGCCGACAACUCCGCCGUCUCCGAUCGCCGGACUUCCCACGCCUCCGCCCAUUCCAAAUCCGGGAUUGGCUCGCCGCUCGCUAACGGCAUCGAUCAUGCCUCUCCUUCUCAGAUAGAGCAAUACAAAGCAGAAAUCAAGAAACUUCAAGCAUCCGAGGCGGAAAUUAAAGCAUUGUCAGUUAAUUAUGCAGCUCUGUUAAAAGAAAAAGAGGAUCAGAUUGUUAAAUUAAAUAAAGAAAAUGGUUCACUAAAGCAGAAUUUGGAGGCUACAAAUGCUGCUCUGCAUGUUUCAAGACUUGAAGGUUCUGGAGCAUCUACAAAUGGGACUUACACAGGAAGUAGGGAUCGAUCACCCAAUGGACAACAUAAGUUCAACAUGCAACGGAAAAAUCGGUAUGCUAUAAAUAAUGGAGCCAUGUCUGCAUUGGAAACUGAUGCUAUUCAAAGUGAGAUGGAAUUCAAACAUUCAAAUUUACAAGGAAAUCAUAAGGAGCUUGCAGAUUUGGUUGAUGGAAAUACCACAGUAGCUGUACAACAUUCCCCAGAUAUACAAAAACUGAAGUUAGAACUAGAGCAAGAACGGGAUCAAUUGGUGAACAUUCAGCUAAAAUUCCAAGAGGAACAGAGAUUGAACAAGUCUUUCCAGGAGGAGCUUAACAUAUUAAAGUUGGAACAAGACAAGACUUCGAAGGAGAUGAGCAAAAUAUAUUCUGAAUUGAAUGAGAAAGUAUCAGAAAUAAAGCAUCUGCAAUUUGAGUUGACAAGACGAGAAAAUGAAGCAGGGGAGGCUGUUGAUAGCUUAAAAAGACUUAUCAAAACCUUAGAGAAGGAAAACACCACUCUUAAGAUGGAAAAGAAUGAAAUUGAGUCUGCUCUCGAAAAUAGCAGGAAGUCUUUCCCUGAUAAAAUGAUGCCCGAUGCUUCACAUAUUCAGAAAAUGGAUUCAAGCAAUGUUGGUGAUAUGCCAGAUCACUCCAAAAGUUUUCCAGAAAAAGAAGAAAUGGAAAGAUCCUUACAGAAGCUAAGUAAAGAUUUGAAGGAAACACAGAGGGACAGGGACAAAGCUGUCCAGGAAUUGGGCCGCCUCAAACAACAUUUACUACAAAAGGAAUCUGAGGAAUCAGAUAAAAUGGAUGAAGACACUAAAAUCAUUGAAGAGCUGCGUGAUAGCAAUAAUUAUUUAAGGGCUCAAGUAUCACAUCUUGAGAGAACACUGAAGCAAGCACUUACAAGUCAAGAGGAACUGAAGAUGGGAAAUAACAGUGAAAUUCUGAAAUCUAGAGAAGCCAUUAAUGACCUGAACAAGAAGCUUACAAACUGUAUGAGCACUAUAGAUGCUAAAAAUAUCGAACUUUUAAAUCUACAGACAGCUUUAGGACAGUACUAUGCUGAAAUUGAAGCCAAGGAGCAUUUAGAAGGGGAGUUGGCCCAUGCAAGAGAAGAAACAGCUAAGCUUUCUCAACUUUUGAAAGAAGCAGAUCACAGAGAAGAUGAAUCAAGGAAUGAAAAAGAAGAGCUUUUAGCCAAGCUUUCACUAUCUGAGAAGGUGCAAACUGAAUGGAGAAGUAGGGUAAGCAAGCUUGAGGACGACAAUGCCAAAUUGAGGCGUGCUGUUGAGCAGAGUAUGACACGGUUGAAUAGAAUGUCGGUGGAUUCAGACUAUCUUGUUGAUAGGCGCAUUGUGAUAAAAUUACUUGUAACUUAUUUUCAGAGAAAUCACAGCCGAGAGGUUUUGGAUCUUAUGGUUCGCAUGCUAGGAUUCUCUGAUGAGGAAAAGCAAAGGAUAGGUGUUGCACAACAAGGUGCUGCAGGUAAAGGUGUUGUUCGUGGAGUUCUUGCGCUGCCUGGUCGCCUUGUUGGAGGCAUCUUGGGAGGAAGUUCGCCUGAAGCAGCUGCAAAUUCAGGAUCUGAUAACCAGUCUUUUGCAGAUCUAUGGGUUGAUUUUCUUCUUAAGGAAACAGAAGAAAGAGAGAAGAAAGAAUCAUCAGGAAAUACAGGUAAAGCCAUGGACGAUGAAAGUCCAAAUACUAUGUCCGCUACUCCACCAUUUUCCAAUCGGAGGUUUGACGCUGGAACACCAUCUGCUUUUCAAAUUACUCAAACUAAUCAAAACAUCAGUCCUCUCUCUCGUGGCUAUUUUCACCAUUCUGAACAUUUUGAUUCCGAGUUCUCAACAGUUCCUCUUACAUCAUCUGAUGGUAAAAAUAGUAGUUCAAACCCUCUUCCGAGAUACUAAAUAUACAGUGGAGUCGCAGUUAAACAAAAGGUAUAUAUCAUUGUUUGUUAAAUUAUAGGUAUGCGAUCUUGUUCAAUUAAUUCUUUCACAUUUAAAAUGAGUGCCUUUUUUUCACUUAAGGGGGGACGGGGAUCUUCCAAAGUUUUUUCUUUCCAUUGUCUUCGGCUUCUCUUUUGAUUUCGCGUAUAUAAUUUUGGAAAAUUAUCCUCAUGUAGAUGUCAUAUAUCGUUCCCAUUUCUUUAAUGUAUAUAUAUAGUACAAUUUUAUACUUGAAGCAGUUUGCAGCUAUAAUAUA